UAGAAGAAGAGAGGGAGAGGAGUGAUUAUGAAGCUUAAUUGCCAGUAACUUGAGGUAAGGUAAGGAUUUCACUCUUUGGUUCUCAAUUUUUGACUUUGGUUAUUGUUGGUAUGGCGCUUCAAUCCAGUUCUGUGCUUUUUGGUUGCGGCUUUCAUUUAGUUAUUUUCACAAACACCUUAUGCUCAUUGCUGUUAGGUUGCUUGACUUGGGAUUUUUAUGGGAUUUGAGUCCCCGUGCUUGUGGGUUUCAUUUGGUUAUUUGCACAAGCACUUUAAUCUCAUUGCUGUUUGAUUGCUUUGGGAUUUUUCUGGGAGUUGUGGUGUGUAACAUUGUUAGCCCUGUUUUGUUUCUGAGUCCAUUUGAGUGUUCUGGCCAUUGAUUAGGAAGCAUGAGAAGAGUUGGAGCCUUGUGCUCAACUAUGGUUACCAACCAUCUCAAUAAACCCACCCCUGUCCGCUGUUUAGUUCCCGUUGUUGCUGAUUUUGGCCAGUGGACUAGUACCACUCAAUCUCUAUCUUCAGCUCCACCGUGUUCCAAUUGGCAAGUCUUACCUUUCUCUACUUCUGUUUCUCCAGACUCAAAAAGUGAGAACUUAGAUUUUGCUGCAGUGGGUUUGGGUCAAAAUGCUCUGAUUGAUGAUGGUGAUGACAAUGCGGAGGGGGAGGAGGAAGAGAAGGAUGAGGAUGACAGUGAAUAUGAAGAUGGUCAAGCAAAGUUACAACAAUUGAAUUCAAUAGAACAUGAGGGUCUUGCGCAAGAUAUAAAAACUCUUGUGCAUAUAAUUCGUGGUGAACCGUCUCGCUCUGAAAUGAGGAGAAAGCUCGAUGAAUGUGGUAUAGCAGCCUCGUCAGAGUUGGUAAUGCAGGUUCUUGCACAAGUUCGCAAUGAUUGGGAAGCAUCAUUCACCUUCUUUUUGUGGGCUGGUAAGCAGCCGGGUUAUGCUCAUUCCCUGCGUGAAUACCAUUCCAUGAUCUCUAUUCUUGGGAAAAUGAGAAAGUUUGAUACUGCGUGGGCCUUGAUUGAUGAAAUGAGAAAUCGAACAGAUGGUCCAUCUCUUGUCACACCACAGACACUUUUGAUCAUGAUUAGGAGAUAUUGUGCAGUCCAUGAUGUCGGAAGAGCUAUAAAUACUUUUUAUGCUUACAAGCAGUUUAAGUUUCCUGUGGGAAUGGAUGAUUUCCAAGGACUUCUUUCUGCUCUUUGCCGGUACAAGAACGUCCAAGAUGCAGAACACUUGCUCUUCUGCAACAAAGACACCUUCCCUUUUAAUACCAAGAGCUUUAACAUUGUCCUCAAUGGAUGGUGUAAUACAAUUGGUAGUCCACGUGAGGCACAGAGAAUUUGGUGGGAAAUGAGCAAGAGAGGCGUUCAACAUGAUGUUGUUUCAUAUGCAAGUAUUAUAUCUUGUUAUUCGAAAUCAGGUAACUUGAAUAAGGUGCUCAGGCUCUUUAACAAAAUGAAAGCACUAGAGAUUGCUCCAGAUAGGAAAGUUUAUAAUGCAAUCGUUCAUGCUCUUGCUAAGGGCAGGUUUGUGAAAGAAGCCAUCAAUCUUUUGAGAACAAUGGAAGGGAAAGGAAUUACUCCAAAUGCUGUCACAUAUAACUCACUGAUCAAGCCUCUAUGCAAGGCCCGUAAAAUAGAUGAAGCUAGACAGAUCUUUGAUGAGAUGUUGCAGCACAAAAUUUUAACCUCUGUUCAGACUUAUCAUGCCUUCUUCCGUGCUUUAAGGACUGGGGAAGAAGUCUUCAUGCUCUUGGAAAAGAUGAAAAAAUUGGGCUGUGAACCAACUUCUGAUACCUACAUAAUGUUGAUACGAAAAUUUUCCCGAUGGCGGCAGCUGGAUAAUGUCUUUAAGUUGUGGAGUGAGAUGAUUGAAAGUGGAGUUAGUCCUGAUCGCAGUUCGUAUAUAGUACUGAUUCAUGGGCUCUUCCUGAAUGGACAGUUGGAGGAAGCAUACAAAUACUACAUGGAAAUGAAGGAAAAACAGUAUUUGCCAGAGCCCAGGACUGAGGAAAUUCUCCAAGCAUGGGUGUCUGGAAAGCACCAGAUGGCAGAUGUAGAAGACAAUCAACUAAGAUAUAGAGAGCCAUACGGAGAAACCAUCCCGAUCACAAAAAAAAUUGAUCAGCAAAGACACUUUCUUCGUGAACCUGAGACUAGAAGUGUUGUAAGAGAACGUGGAUUUUCCUUUUGGGAUAAGUAGGAUUUCAUUGUUUUUGUUUAAUUAUUGGAUGAUAAAUUUCGUCAGUGGUCACCGGGAACAAGUUUCUCACAGGCUCACAUACAGGUGCAUAACAUUAUCCUAGCCUCUCAUUUAUGAAAUAACAGUGAUUUUGGCCUUUAAUUUUUAUAUAUUUUUUUUCUCUAACAUACACAAGAUUCUUUUGUCUUGUUAACUCAGCUGAUUGAUGUUUUAAUUCAUUAUGCGUUUUGAAUUCUGUAAACCUGAGUUCUGGUAGUUCAUAUCCUUUGUUGGUUCAAAUGCCAUCAUGGAUUUCCUUACAGCUAGUGUAGAAAAUGUAAAAAGCCGAAAUUUAAGCUUUUCAUAUACAUGUGAAAUUCCUACGAGGAACACUCGCAUUGAGGUAUAAGUGAAACUAUUUAUUUUUAGCUCGUAUAUGUAUUUAGUGACAAUGUACAAAACAGCUAUUCUUGUAUAACAGAAAUACUUUUUGCCUUGCCCGAUCCUUGUAUUUCAUUGUGCUGGACUCAAUGAUAUGAUUUGAUCACCAUUAUAUUAAGUUUGUAUUUCUGCCAUAAGACUUCUUGCCCAUUAUUGAUUUAGGAAUUCGCUGUCUAUAAUGUGUUACAGUGGUUUGUGGUUAUUUAGUUUAAUAUCUGUUAAAUUAUUGGUUGACAAAGUUUAUUAAGCAUUCAUAAUUGAAUUGGCGAGCUAUCUUUAGAUGAAAAGUUCAAAGAACGUUUCAGUCAUUGGAUUGAAGGACAGGGACGUUCUUCUGUGCUAUGGUGGUGUGGAUGAUAUGAUGGUGGAUUCAGGUUUCAAUUAUGAAGGGAGGUUUCCUCUUUAAAGGACUCAAGAAUAAAUUCUCCUUAGUAAGAAAGAUUAUAAUUCAGAAAAUUCAUACUGAAGGAUGAGUAAGGCAGGCAAUGAAAAUCUAGGUGGGAUUCCUUUUUUAGCUCCGCAAUGAUUUAUGUAUUUAUAUUGCAAUUCUCAUUGCUACUUUUAAUCUGUGUAACUAUUAAGCUAUUUUGUUAUGAUCAAGUCAAAGAAAUAAAUGUGUGCAUAUCAGAAUUCUCACAAGUACUAUUGAUAUGCAUAUUGGUUAAGUUAAUUUGUGACCAUACACUGUACGACUAACUUUAAUGACUGACAUCCAUUUGAGAAUUUCCAAGGUUGGUAUUAAAAGUCCUAUUUGUGAACAAGAGACUAUGACAGAGGGAAUAAGCAGCUACCGAAUAAUAAUAAAGUUAUUCAAGGCUUAUGAACAUAGAAGAUUUCAAGUGGGCCCAUAAAAUUAAACUGUAUAUUUCAGGUAUUUAUAUUUGAGCUUUCUACUUAGUAAACAAAAUUUGGCAGGUCAACAUUGGCCAAGAAUAUGGACUAUCAAUAUUAUUUUAUAAUCUGUGUGCAUGUGCACUAAUUUUUGUUGUUUAAUGUAACUGAUUGUGUAGCUAUGGAUUUCAAUUUGCAUAAUUUCCCGUUUGAUAAAAUACAAUUUACAUCUUUAUUCUUGGAAAUACAUAAUACAUCUGAUAAACUAACUCUAUAUCCUUUUUCUAAUACUAAUUAUUGUUUCUUAUCCAAAAAAAGGAUGCUUUUAGUAUGUUUUACAAAACUUGAGGGAAAGGUUUUGCAUUUUACAAGACAUAGGGUUGUGCAUUGUAUUUUAUUAAACCCAAGGAAUAUAUUGCAAUUUAUCAUUUUUACCUACGGAGAUAUCUUAAUGUUUUGUAUUGAUUGUCUGGCAAAUGAUGUCAUGCUUGAAAUAAAAUUUCCCUUUCAUUAUUACACUCUGUGUGUGUCUUUUUUUUGUUGCUGAAGCCUUUAACAUUUAGUUUGAGUAAGUAUAUGUUGAUACUAGUCCAUUUUCAUUGUGUUUGUGUGAUCAUGAAGAACUGGACUCUGAGCAUUAUUUAUUGCAGCUUCAUAGUACAAUCUCAUAGGGUCAUCAUUGGUGGUUUGUAGCUCUUUCAACAUCUUUUCAGCCACAUCAACUCACUAGUGCCUUGAGCAUGUGCUCUCAACGCAGCUCCUGCUUUACUGCUGGACACCAUAUACUGCUUCUUCACAUUACAAUUUUUUUCCGAACAAAAGAACAAUGUACUGAUGUAGAUCUUCUAUCUUCAAUCGAACCAGCCCAAUCUACAUCUUUUUAUCUUGCCCCCUUUUUAUCUCUAUUUUUCUUAUAACCAAUCCAGAGGCAGUCUUCAAGUAUCUCAAAAAUUUUGUAUACAACAUCAUGAUGUUAUUUACAAGGAGCAUUAUGCAUAUAUUGAUUGACAGCACCUCAACAUAUGCAAUAUCAGUGGACCCCUUUUACAACUUACCGUACUCUUUUUGCUUUAUCCUUGUUUGGUGAUCAUUUUGCUGCGUUAAAGAUGUUUUGUAUUCUGAAUAUGAAAAUUAAUGGGAAGAAAGUAAAAGUUCAUUUAAAAAAAUAAUUAUGCUUCAUUUUUUUUUUGUUAGCUUAACUGCAGUAUUCUUGAUGAUGUUAAAAUAUGAAAUUCAAAUCUUGUUUUCUUUAUGUUGAUGGUUUAUGGAAGUUCCAGCAAACGCUUUAGGAAGCCAUUGGCAAGCAAAUUGAACUGUUUGAUAUCUUGUUCUCACUACUGAUUUUUACUGCCUACUAAUACAGGGAGGAGAAUACAAUUAUUGCCUGAUUGCUGAUUAGUUGAUAGUUUUGAAGAUAAACCAGCUCUAAAUGACAAAAUGAUGAAGUAUUUUCAUUGGAUUAGGAAUUGAAAACGGAGGACUUGCUACUGCUGCAAAUAGUAUUGCCAAUUAAUGAGUGGAUUGGAAAGACAGUGGAUGAUGCACGAACAAAUUGGAUAGCAGCACUUUCUUAGUAUUGGGAAAAAAACAUCCAGGUGGCACUCAGGGUCGUCUGCAUGGAAUAGGGGGUAAAGCAUAGUUUCAAUCCAUGCACAACAUUCACUAAGUUCAAGUGGAGCUUGUAAAACCCACACUAACAGGAAUUGGGUGGCUAUAACUCCUAGAGGUAGGUAUUCAUUCUCCUGGACUCUGAAAUAUCUGUGGUGAUGAUGAUGAUUGUCAUUAUUAAAUAGUUGAGUAAGUUGAGUUGGCCAAAACAUACUGAUAGAUCGUGACAGUAUUAUUUCUGUGGAUUAGAUCUUUAGUUAGGGAAGAUUCUUUUUCUGUUUUAUUAUUGGUAUAUGCACUAUGACCAAAACAAAGCUAUAAGAUAGAGAAAAGAAAAGGGCAUAUAAUUAUGUUAUGUUCCUUUCCAUUUCCACGUGUGAAGAAAAACCAAACCAAUGAGGGGAUAUGAAUGAACGUAACAGAGUGUUGCAGUAAUAGUAGUUUGUAACUUUAAAGAUGAAUUAAGUCCUUAUCAGAGACUUUUUUAAGUUAGAUAAACAGGACAAUUGAGUUGAUGUUCCCAUAAUGAAGUGAGAGAGAGUGUGGUUGAAUGAAGCAAAUAUUUACUGUUGACAAUAAUAGUCAAAGUUAGAAGAAGUAACAUCACUCGUGACAUGCCAACCCCACGCCAUGCUUUGAUCAUUGAUUGGCCCAAUGUGAAUGCUAGGCUGGCACACUAUUCAGCAUUAAAUUUCAUCUCAUAGUCCACCUAAAACCAAAGACAAUUUUCUAAAGCCAUGCCAAACAAGUCCUUACUGUUGUUGUUGUUCAUGACUUUCAUUUUUUUUUUUUUUUCUGUGGAUUCUUUUCAAGUAUGGGGGGAAAUGGAAAGAAGCAACUAGGUGGGUUCUCCACGCUACAUAAUAAUUAAAGGGAAAGAGCAUCAUAUUAUUAUGCAUAUAGGAUAAUGACCUUAAGUUUUGGAGAUUGUUAUAAUUGAAUUGCUGACUGACUGUGUAAAGAGCAUCUUUUUUUUUUAUGAUUGGGACUGACCCAAAUUCCCAAAACUGAAUAUGAAUGCUCAUCAAUUAUUUGUUUGGCU